AUGCCGUCGUCGGUCGCCGCUCCCUACUUCGAAUUCCGGUCGGCGGAGAGCGUGCCGGAGACGCACGCGUGGGCGGGGCCGCAUGACCACCCGGCGGCGGGGCGCGACGCGGUGCCGGUGGUGGACAUGGGCGACCCGGACGUGGCGCGCGCGGUGGCGCGGGCCGCCGAGGAGUGGGCCGGGUUCCUGCUCGUUGGCCACGGCGUGACGGGAGAGGUGGUGGCGCGCAUGGAGGAACAGAUCGCGCGCCUGUUUGCACGCCCGGCGCCGGAGAAGACCCGCGCGGGGCGCCGCCCAGGGGAGGCCAACGGCUACGGCGUGCCGCCCUACGCGCUCCACUUCUCCAAGCUCAUGUGGUCCGUGGGGUGCACGUUCCUCGUUGCCGCCAUCCGCUCCGAGUUCCGCCGCGUCUGGCCCGACGGCGGCGACGACUACCUCCGCUUCUGGUACGUGCGCCUUCACCGCCCGCGUUGCCCUGCAUUCAUGUACGGCUCGGGCUUCUUCACGUUCAUCAUGCAGAGCCUCGUGCCGGGGCUGCAGCUCCUCUGCCACGGGCCGGACCGGUAGGCGACGGUGCCGGCGCUGACAGGCGCGUUUGCCGUCGUCAUCGGCAACCUCUUCCACGUGCUCACCAGCGGCCGCUUCCACAGCGUGCUCCACCGCGCCGUCGUGAACCGGGAGCGCGAGCGGAUCUCCGUUCCCUACUUCCUCGGCCCGCCGGCUGACAUGAAGGUGGCGCCGCUCGCGUCCGCCGUGCCGCUGGGGAGGAAGGCCGCGUUCCGGGCCGUGACGUGGCCUGAGUACAUGGUGGUCAGGGAGAAGAUGUUCGGCACUGACGCGUCGGCGCUGUCGAUGCUGCAGGUAGCGGAGGAAGGUGAAGCAGGAGAAGGGCCUCAGAACUAG